UUCUGCAAGCUUAAGCUCCCUAUCUCUGCUUUUCCAUCCAUGGCUCGAAACAAGGAAGCUUUGCUUUUGCUGCUUGAUGUUGGCCCAUCCAUGCAUUCUGUUCUUCCUGAGAUUGAGAAAGUCUGUUCCAUGCUUGUACAGAAGAAGUUGAUCUAUAACAAAUAUGAUGAAGUGGGAAUUAUCUUAUUUGGAACAAAAGACACUGAUAAUGAACUUACUACCGAAGUGGGUGGGUAUCAACAUGUUGUGGUUUUGAAAAAUAUUAAAGUUGUUGAUGGAGAUAUUGUUGAGGCUUUACAACAGCUGCCUCAAGGAACUACUGACGGUGAUUUUCUUGAUGCUAUAAUUGUUGGCAUGGAUAUGUUAAUAAAAUUUUUUGGAGAAACUAACAAGGGGAAAAAACGUCUUUGUCUUAUUACCAAUGCACAAUGUCCAAUAAAAGAAUCUGUUGAAGGAACAAAAGAAGAUCAAGUUACCACCAUUGCUAAACAAAUGACUGUCCAUGGUAUGAGAAUGGAAAGUAUAAUUAUGAGAGGAAAGCUUAGUCAAGAUGCAGACAAGAGAAUAAUGGAUGAGAAUGAUCGCCUGUUAAAUAUUUUUUCAAAGGAGACGUCAACAAGAUUGUUGUAUGUGGAGAAUCCAAUUUCUUUGUUUGGUGCUCUUAGAACCCGAAAUAUAACUCCAACUACAGUUUUUAGAGGGGAUCUUGAAUUCAGCCCAAAACUGAGGAUUAAGGUAAUGGUAUACAAGAAAACAGCGGAAGAGAAAUUUCCAAUUCUUAAGAAAUAUUCUGAUAAAGCUCCUCCAAAUGAUAAAUCUGCUACACGUGAAGUCAAAGUAGAUUAUGAGUACAAGAGUUCUGACGAUCAUGAUAAAGUUGUCCCUCCUGAUCAAAGAAUUAAAGGUUAUCGUUAUGGACCUCAAAUAGUUCCUAUAUCCUCUGCAGAGUGGGAGGCUGUUAAGUUCAAACCAGAAAAGGGUGUGAAGCUUUUAGGAUUUACUGAUUCUUCUAAUGUAUUGAGACACCAUUACAUGAAAGAUGUCUAUGUUUUCAUAGCUGAACCUGGAAAUACAAAAGCCAUUCUUGCAGUUUCUGCACUAGCAAGGGCUAUGAAGGAAAUGAAUAAGGUGGCAAUUUUACGUUGUGUCUGGAGACAGGGACAAGCCAAUGUUGUCAUUGGGGUCUUGACACCCAAUGUAUCUGAUAGAGAAAAUAUUCCUGAUUCAUUUUACUUCAAUGUACUUCCUUUUGCCGAGGAUGUGCGGGAGUUCCAAUUCCCUUCCUUCUCUAAUUUCCCAGCAUCGUGGCAGCCAAACGAACAACAGCUUGAGGCAGCAGCUAACUUAAUAAAAACGUUUGAUCUCGCACCGCAUGGGAAAGAGGAAGUUUUGCUACCUGACUUUACACCAAAUCCAGUCCUAGAGCGCUUUUAUCGUUAUCUAGAGCUGAAAUCAAAGCAUCCAGAUGCUGCGGUGCCUCCUAUUGAUGACACACUCAAGAAAAUUACAGAGCCUGACACUGACCUGCUCUUGCAAAACAAAUCUAUGAUAGACUCAUUUCGUAGAUCUUUUGAGCUAAAGGAAAAUCCCAUAAAGAAAAAGUCAAGGCGUUUAUUGCGAGAAAAGAGAUCUGUUUCAAGUGAUGAAGAGGGUAAAGGAAACAUUACUGCUCAGCCUGCCAAUCUCAUUGGAUAUACAUCUAUUAAAGUUGAGAACAUUGGGGACCUGACUCCUGUCCAAGAUUUUGAAGCCAUGAUUUCACGCAGAGAUAGUCCAGACUGGGUUGUGAAAGCAAUUAAGGAUAUGAAAAAUAAAAUAUUUGACCUGGUAGAGGACUCCCAUGAAGGUGAUAACUAUCCUAAAGCACUGGAGUGUUUAGUUGCGCUUCGCAAGGGUUGCAUUCUUGAGCAGGAACCAAAACAGUUCAACGAUUUCCUUAAACAUCUUUGCAAUUUCUGUCAAGAGAAAAACCUUCAUAGUUUCUCUGAAUAUCUUGCUUCGAAUGGACUCACCUUGAUCUCCAAAACAGAAGCUUUAGACAGUGAAGUUACUGAGGACGAAGCCAGAAAUUUCUUGGUUAAAUCUGAACCAAAAGUUGAUUGAUGAUCCCUUUACAAAAUGUGCUGAAAUAUAUGGGAGCUUCAUUCUAAUGCCCCAGUAAUGAUUAGAUAUCUUGUAUAAACAACUGUUUUGGCAAAAUAUAGGAAUACAUUGUAACUAUUCUAAUUCAUUUGCAAAGAAUUAGAAUUUGGGGAGCUUGAAUUCUGCUUUCACACGUGCUUAAUAUAUGAAACUUCCACAGUCUAGUUUAUAACAUGACAAAAUGAUGCAGUAGUAUGAUAAAUGUUAAGUUGGUUACAUUCCCAAAUUUCCAUGAACUAAUGUUAUUCACUCCAAGAGAAGGGU